CAUGCAGUCACGUGGUGUCCAGCAAGUUUCCGUGUUUACAGCGAUGUGAGCAGACUGCUCGGUGGGUCUUUGCUUCUUUAUAGGAUGGUGUGCAAUCAUGGCCUUUUUAAAGACGCGAGAACUGACUAAAGAAAGAUUUUCCCUCCUGUUGCUGGAUUUGGAGGAAUAUUAUUUUGAACAGCACACUGCAUACCAUGUGACAACCAGUUCAAACAAGGAGAGAAAAGUCAGAGGCUCAUUCAAGGUCUGUUCCAGAUCUGUCAUAUUUGAUCCAGAGGAUGUUGCAGAGCCAAUUUUAAAGAUCCCUCUUCGAGACUGUAAGAAGAUAGAGUUUGUGGAGGGAGAGAGAAACCCUUUCAAUGAUCCGAGACCAUCUGUCAUCGCGGUUUCUUGUGUACAGGCGAUCUACAUCAAAGAGAGCAACGUCAUAGCACCUUACAGGAAUGAAAGGGGGGCAAAGACGGUGACUUUCCAGUUGGAAGAUUUGAGUAAAACAGAAGAUGUCGUUCAGACGUUUCUUCAGCUCCACAGGGCGUCCUGUCUGGAAAAGCUCGGAGACCAGACUGCCAUGAUUGCCGCCAUUUUACAAUCACGUCUGGCGAGGUCUUCUUUUGACAAAAACUGCUUUCACAGCGUUGCAGAGAAGCCUCACAUGGAAUGUGCGGUGGAGAUGGUCCUGCCUCUGGUGUCCAAUCCUGGCCACGUCUGCAUAACGGAUGAAAGCCUCUACUUCCAGCCUCUCAAUGGAUAUCCGGAGCACGUAAUUCAGAUCAAACUCCACAGAGUCAGGAGAAUUUACAAGAGGCGGCAUGGACUCAGACCUCUGGGACUCGAGGUGUUCUGCACUGAGAAUGACUUCUGCUCCGACAUCUACCUGAAGUUUUACAAGACGGCAGACAGAGAUGAGAUCUACUACUACAUCGCUACUUUCCUGGAGAACCACGUGACGGAGCACACAGCGGAGAGCUACAUGCUGCAGUGGCAGCGCGGUCAUCUGAGCAACUACCAGUAUCUGCUUCACCUCAACAACCUGGCUGACCGCAGCUGCAAUGACCUCUCACAGUAUCCCGUCUUCCCCUGGGUCAUCACAGACUACACCAGCCCACAGUUAGAUCUGACAAACGCUGCCACAUUCAGGGACCUAAGCAAACCUGUGGGAGCUCUAAACAAAGAGCGACUAGACCGACUGCUGUCUCGAUACAGAGGGAUGCCUGAGCCCCGCUUCAUGUACGGCAGCCACUACUCAUCCCCAGGCUACGUCCUCUUCUACCUGGUCAGAGUCGCUCCUGAGCACAUGCUGUGUCUCCAGAACGGCCGCUACGACCAUCCAGAUCGCAUGUUUAAUAGCAUAGGUGAUACGUGGAAGAACUGCUUGGACGGGGCAACAGACUUCAAAGAGUUGAUUCCAGAGUUUUAUGGGAAUGACUGCAGCUUCCUGGAAAACCAACGGAAUCUUGGUUUGGGAAGAAGACAGAACGGAAGCUUGGUUGGGGAUGUUGUUGUCCCGCCCUGGGCCUCAGAUACCAGUGAUUUUCUCCAAAAGCACAAGACAGCGCUGGAGAGUCAGUAUGUGUCGGAGCACCUUCAUGAGUGGAUUGACCUGGUGUUUGGCUUCAAACAGAAAGGCAGUGAAGCUCUCGCAGCCCAUAAUGUGUUUCACCCACUGACCUAUGAAGGAGGCAUAGACUGUGAUAGCAUCGACGACCCUGACCAGAGGAUCGCCAUGCUGACGCAGAUCCUGGAGUUCGGCCAGACGCCCAAACAGCUGUUCACCACCCCUCACCCUCAGAGGAUCACCCCCAGGUUUCACAACAUAACCCGAAGCCCCAGCAGCAGCUCACCUGACAGUGAGCUGUCUCCAGCCUCGCAGAGUGAGGACUCGUCCUUUGAAGACCUGACAGAGGAGAGCAGGAAGUUAUCCUGGGCAAACAUCGGAAAUCUGAAACCCAUCUCCAACCACAAGAUCCAUAAAGAGGCUGUGACCGGCAUCGCUGUGACGCGGGAUGGUGCAGCUAUAUUCUCCACAUCCCAAGACUCAACCCUCAAAAUGUUUUCCAAAGAGUUGAAGGACUUCCAAAGAAGCAUGUCCUUCUCUAACAUGGCAUUAUCGUCAUGUCUGAUGCUGGCUGAUGGUAAAACUGUGGUGUGUUCUUCCUGGGACAACAAUGUUUAUUUCUACUCCAUCCCGUACGGCAGGCGGCAGGACACACUGAUGGGUCAUGACGAUGCCGUCAGUGAAAUGUUUUGGUUUGAUGAGCGGCUGUACACAGCGUCCUGGGAUUCCACCAUCAAGGUCUGGCAAUGCCCUUCUGAUAGCUCAUCCAGUCACAAGAGAUCCCAGUUUGAGUUACUAGCCGAGUUGGAACAUGAUGCUGGGGUUAACACCAUUGGUCUGAAUCCAGCGGGCACUCUGCUGGUGUCUGGCUGUAAAGAUGGGGUCGUCACCAUCUGGGACACCGGCAGCUACACAACACUGCAGCAAGUCAGCUGCCACACGGGAACCAUCCACCACAUGGCCUUCAGUCCAGAUAGCAGACACGUUCUGAGUGUUGGCGCCGACUCCUGUAUGAAGGUUACUGACGUCCAGACAGGAAUGGUGAUAUCAUCCGUGAAAGCUGAGGAGGAGCAGAGGUGCUUCUGCUGGGACGGGAACUCGGUGCUGUGUGGGGGGCAGUCCGGUAAUCUCCUGCUUUGGAACCUGCUCAGCAAUACAGUCACCCAGAGGAUCCCUGCACACUCAGGUGCCGUCACAGCCAUGUGGAUGAGCGAGCUGUGCUCCACGGUGAUCACAGGCGGAGAGGACAGACAGAUCAUCUUCUGGAAGCUCCAGAGUUAAAGGACAGUUUCCUCACAAUCCAUCUGCUGAGGAGAUAAAAACCUCCUGUGCAAUAUUUUCUGGACUCUACUGGCCAAGUAUCCCGCAGACUACAUGACUCUCUUAACUGUUGGGAGGAGCUGCAAACGUCUAGUGUCACAGCAGUUCUCAAUCCUAAACCAAACAAAAGGUCAUACAGUCAUGUCAGCUCAUAGCUUCUGCUUAUUAAGAGGAUGUCAAGUUGCAGUAUUGUGCAUGAGCAGGAUCUUAUUUUUAAAGGUAUUCUUUGUUCUGCGCCAUCUUUCCCUGUUUUUUUAGCUUUAAAUUAGAAAUGAUGUUUCUAUAGCUAUAUGUGCAUUUUAUUCUGUGAAGUGGACCUUACAUGUCUGUUAUGCUUCAUGCUGCUCAGGUGUUAUCAUUACUCAGUAACACUGAUCUUUAAAAGUAAAGUUUGCUGUCUCCUAAUA